AUGAACCAGAAGGUAGUACUCAUCACAGGAUGUUCCUCUGGCAUCGGCCUAGCCUUGGCUGCCCGCAUAGCAAAGGAUGAGAAGAAGAGGUUCAUGGUGUAUGCCACCAUGAGAAACCUGAGUAAGGGUAAGGCCCUUGUGGAAGCAGCAGGUCGGACACUCGGCAGGACCCUAGAAGUCAAACAGCUGGAUGUAUGUGAUGAGAACUCCAUUAAAGCCUGUGUGGAGAGCCUGCCUGAGCGCAGAGUGGACAUUCUUAUAAGUAAUGCCGGGGUGGGUCUGAUUGGACCCAUUGAGUGUCAGUCUAUAGAUAAGAUGAAGACUGUCAUGGAUACCAACUUCUUUGGAUUGGUGCGGUUGCUUAAGGAAGUCCUGCCUGAUAUGAAGAGAAGGGAAAAAGGCCACAUUGUUGUCAUCAGCAGUGUCAUGGGCAUCCAGGGGAUUCUUUUCAAUGAUGUUUAUGCAGCAUCCAAGUUUGCUGUGGAAGGUUUCUGCGAGAGUUUAGCAGUUCAAGCCCUGAGAUUUAAUCUGAAUAUUAGCCUGAUUGAGCCAGGUCCAGUGAUCACAGAGUUUGAGUGUAAGGUCUUUGAAGAGGGCAUGGAGACUGAUCUGAGCAAAGCUGACAAAGUGACGGCUGACAUGUUCACUAACAUCUACCUGAAGAACUACAAAGAGAUCUUUGAAACCUUUGGGCAAAGAGCUGAAGAUGUUGCAGAGCACACUUUCAAAAUUAUCACCAUGGAGAAUCCCCCAUUCCGCCAUCAGACUAACACGAUUUACACUCCCAUGACCACUCUCAAAUAUGCAGACCCUAAUGGUGACCUCCCCAUCGACACCUUCUACAAGAUGGUGUUUGAACAUGACAAGGUCUUCAAUGCCAGCCUGAACUUUCUUAAACUGCUGCGCUGGAGAAAUCGCAAGAGUUUUACCUGGGACAAGGACGCAAACAAUUCAUAG